AUGAUACUUAUGACGAUGUGCCUCGCCGUCUACAAGAUUCCAGACCAACUGAAGCACCACACACAAGAGCAAUUCUUCCGGCUCAAGUCCCGCCAUUUCACCUUCAAGGCCAUCUCGUGUGCUGCGCUCGACGGGAUCGAUGUCUAUCUAGCCUGGAAGAUGAGGGCACACCACUUCGGGGUAGCUUUGGCAGCAACAAUCUCAUCGGUGCUCACAGUCCUAGCUGUAACAGCAUCGGCAAGGGACUUGUAUUUGACGAGGAUCGAUCUGGACCGUCGGCAGAAGAAGCAUGUCAAACGACUUCCAGUUAACCAUGCUCAGCUCCCGGAUAUUACCCAGGUGAGGCGGCAGGACAGCUGGGUAGCAUAUGAUCUGUAG